UUUUGAGCUAAAGCCGCCAGAGGAAAGGAGGAAGGAACUGGGGAAAAUGUCCUGCAGAAUUGAAAUUCAAGCAGCAUUUCUUCUUUCCUCCUUUGUGACCUUCUUCACUGGACUUCUCAUCUUAUCCGUUAUUAGAAUAAGCUGGAGAGUCAUUGAAAAAAGGCAAAGCUUCAAGAGAGCAGGAAUUGUGCAGGAACUACUCUCAUCGGACUUCGUUACCCAUAGUCCUUUAAGAAGACUUUCCUCUUAUGGAGUAUUUCGCAAUCAAAUAGAAAUGUUGCUUUCCGCGCAAACUUUUGUGGGGCAAGUACUGGUGAUCCUCGUCUUUGUUCUAAGCAUCGGGUCUCUGAUCAUUUAUUUCAUCAAUUCUUCUGACCCUGUUGGAAGUUGUUCUUCAUAUGAAGACAAAACCAUCCCCAUUGAUCUGACUUUCAAUGCUUUCUUUAGUUUCUAUUUUGGAUUGAGAUUUUUGGCAGCUGAUGACAAGAUCAAGUUCUGGCUAGAGAUGAAUUCUCUUGUAGACAUCUUCACCAUUCCCCCAACAUUUAUUUCGUAUUACUUGAAGAGUAACUGGCUGGGUUUAAGGUUCCUACGAGCUUUGCGGCUGUUAGAACUCCCUAAAAUACUGCAAAUUCUACAAGCCAUCAAGACCAGCAAUUCGGUGAAGUUUUCCAAGUUGUUAUCAAUAUUUCUCAGUACCUGGUUCACUGCAGCAGGGUUCAUUCACUUGGUGGAGAAUUCUGGUGAUCCCUGGCUCAAAGGCAGAAAUGCACAGAAUAUAUCCUAUUUUGAUUCCAUUUACCUGGUCAUAGCAACAAUGUCGACUGUUGGCUUUGGAGAUACAGUGGCCAAGACCUCUCUGGGACGGACCUUCAUCAUGUUCUUCACCCUGGGGAGUUUGGUCCUAUUUGCGAACUAUGUUCCUGAAAUGGUGGAACUUUUUGCUAACAGGAGGAAAUAUACCAAUUCCUAUGAAGUGGUCAAAGGAAAAAAGUUCAUUGUGGUCUGUGGAAACAUCACUGUUGAUAGCGUGACUGCUUUCCUGAGGAACUUCCUACACCACAAGUCAGGGAAGAUCAACACCGACAUUGUUUUCCUGGGAGAGGUCCAUCCUUCUCUGGAGCUGGAAACGAUACUUAAAUGCAAUUUGGCCUAUACAACUUUUAUUUUUGGAUCUGCACUGAAGUGGGAGGAUCUGAAGCGAGUUGCGGUGGAGUUUGCAGAAGCAUGCCUGAUUUUAGCCAACCCUUUGUGCAGUGACUCAUAUGCAGAAGACACUUCAAACAUCAUGAGGGUGCUCUCUAUCAAGAACUAUUACCCUAAGACUAGAGUCAUCAUACAGAUUCUUCAAUCCCAUAACAAGGUUUUCCUGUCAAAGAUUCCCAGCUGGGACUGGAGUACUGGAGACAACAUCAUCUGCUUUGCAGAAUUAAAGCUCGGAUUUAUUGCCCAAGGCUGUCUGGUUCCAGGCUUGUGCACCUUUCUAACAUCUCUAUUUGUUGAGCAAAACCAAAAGGUUUCUCCUAAAGAGUGUUGGCAAAAACAUUUCUUGAAUGGCCUGAAGAAUAAAAUUCUGACUCAACGUCUGUCCAACGACUUUGCUGGACUGAGCUUUCCUGAGGUAUCCAGGCUCUGCUUCCUGAAGAUGCACCUCAUGCUGAUAGCCAUCGAACACAAGUUCCUCCUUAAUGGUCAUUCCGGUGGUCUGAUACUAAAUCCACCUUCACGAGUGAAGCUGCAUAAGAACACAUUAGGAUUCUUUAUUGCUGAAUCUCCAAGAGAAGUCAGGAGAGCCUUCUUUUACUGUUCCAACUGUCACGGUGAUGUGCAGAAUCCUGAGCUAAUUGAAAAAUGUGGCUGCAAAAGUAGGAGUCGUCAGCACCCCACAGGGUCACCAAUGAUGGCAGCGAAGAGCAACAAGAGGGACCUGUCUGGUGCAGGAAAGGAAGAUUCCUUUUCAAGUGGACAUGAAAGCACAUUAAGCUACUCGAGUUUUGCUGUCAGGACUUUCCUAGAUGACACGGAGCAAGACCCUGACCAGCUUGACAGCAGUGGCAUGUUUCACUGGUGCAAAACAACUCCUUUGGACAAGGUGAUUUUGAAACGAAUUGACAAGCCAAAGCAUGAGUUUCAAAACCACGUUGUAGCCUGCGUGUUUGGAGAUGCCCACUCAGCCCUGAUAGGGCUUCGAAAUUUUGUCAUGCCCCUGAGAGCCAGCAACUAUACUCAGAAGGAGCUGAAGGACAUCGUAUUCAUCGGGUCUCUGGAUUACCUG